CCGACAAUCGGCAGUGUGCUCUCCUCGCCGUCAAAGUGAAAGUGAGAGGAUUUGAUAAGAUUCCUGCAAUGUGAAAACAGAUUUUCGAUCCAGCUGGAUAUUGGCCGUGUGUGUUUGUGUGUGUGUGUGUGUGUAAAAAUAUGCUACACAUUGGGAAGUGAGAGUACCUUAUUACAGGAAGCAUUUUUUUUUCACCCUUCUUUUCGAGACGACUCCCUGUACAGUGCGCCUUGCGUGCCAGUAUGGCCACGAGGCGGGUUUUCGAAAGUGGCGUAUACGCUAACGAUGUUGUCCCGGAUGAGUGCUCCGCCCACGCCAACAGCUGCCGCUGCUGCUGCGAAACCUCGCGAGGAUUUUGAAACUCUGCCGUACCAGCCCGUGCUGCUUUCUGUAGGAUAUUUCGGAAGACUGCAGCUGCCCUGAUUGCUUCACGUCGCUUCGGCGAGAAGAGGAGUCGCGCGCCGGCGGCGAUGCUGGACAGCAGCGGCCUGCUGACGCUGCACUACGGGCGGCACGGCGCGGGCGUGCUGGACGAGGUGCGCUCGUGGUGGGACGCGGGCCACGGCGCCGACCUGUCGCUGGUGUGCGACGGCGGGCACGCGCUGCCCGCGCACCGCCUCGUGCUGGCCGCCGCCUCGCCGCUGCUGCGCCGCGCGCUGCGCGACGCGCCGCCGCACUGCCCGGCCGCCGUCUCGCUGCCCGGCGUGCACGCGCGCACCGCCGCCCACCUGCUCACCUUCCUCUACACCGGGGAGGCCUGCGUGCAGGCGGGUGACAUUGCCAGCCUUCAGGAACUAAUUACCUUACUCGAAAUAAAAUCGGACUUCGUCCACGAAGAAAAAAAGGCGGAAGAAGAUGGCGCCAGAAUCGAUGAAGCUGGCUGCUCCUCCGCUACUCGAAGGCGGACGUCGGGCUCGAGUCCGGCCCCUGCGGCCGCACCUGCGGUCGCAGACUCCCCCCAGGGAAGUCCCGACAGCGAUGCGGGGGUAGCCAUAAAGCAGGAGCUGCACUCGGACACGGACGCGGAGGAGGAUGCCAACGCGGAAGACGCCGAUGCCGAGGGAGAUGGCGAGGACUCGGCGGCGCAGGCGGGCAGCGGCGGGCGCACCGACAGCGAGGACGAGAGUCGCGAGGGGUACGGCGUAGGCGGGGGCGGCGCGACGCCGACACCCCCAGCGGGCGGCAUCCCGCAGCGGCGCCGCAGCUCGCUCAACCCCGUCAACCUGUCGCUGGCCGACGCCGAGCGCGCACAUUCGCGCAGCCCACUGCGCAACUCCAGGUCCUCCGAGUCGGCACCAGACGCGGACAGGGACACCGGCGAGGGCGAAGGCGAGGGCGACAGCCGGGGGGCUGACGAAGCGGACAGCAGGGACGGCGUGCCAGAGAUGCCGUGCAAGAGCCGCCCGAGCAGUGCCCCAGCCCAGCCACAGGAGAACUCCCGAGACAGAUUGAAUGAAAGUGAGAUACGUCAGCAGACAGUCCAACACACAAUCCUGCACCACCACCACCAACAUCACCACCACCAACAGCCGCAACACCAUCAGGACUACAAGAGGCAGCUGCUGGUGGCAGCGCAGCGUGUCAAACGGAAACAGAUGUUUGGGGACGUGUAUAGUGACCCGGAUGUGGAUGUCAGGGUGGCAGCUGACGAUGAUGCACCACUCAUCCGCACAUCGCCUGAGAACUAUGUGGUGACCCCUCACCGCAAGCGCCGGCCAGGUUUUCACAACUCGCCAGCGCAGAACCCGCCCUUCGUGCCGCUGUGCCCAUCCUACCUGGAUGACGUGCCACACCACAGGCACCUGCACAGCAGCCCCAGCCCACGCCUGCUGCCGGCACACCCACCCCCACCACCACCCUAUUUACCUGCUCCACCCCCAACGGCUGUCGCUGCUCCCGAUCGCUCAUCUCCAGGGCCUGAUGACAAGUAUCACCACCACCAGCAGCAACAUCACCACCACCACCACCAGCAGCGGCACCAUCACCACCAUCACCACACCCACCAGCAGGCAGCACCACCACCACAGCCGCCUCCACCCCCUGGUGGAGGGCAGCAGCCACUGGAUCUGGUGCCACGUGGGGAGGUCCCACACUGGAGCUCGUGGUCUCUGGUAGCCGCAGGUGCGGGCACCGCGGCAACAGCAGCAGUAGACGAUGGGAGUGGCACACCUGGAGGUGGCACCGCAGGUUUUGUGUCUGCGCUGGCGGCAGCAGCAGCUCGCUCUGCUGGAGGUGGCUGUGGUACUGGUGCUGGCACUGGGGCUACAGCAGACAGUGAGUCAGGCACCACGGCAUCUGCCGCAGCAGCCGAUGUCAAGCCUGUGGUUGCAUCCAACAACAAAGUGGUCGCUGUGCGUGAGUACCGCUGCCAGUACUGUGGCAAGCAGUUUGGUAUGAGCUGGAACCUAAAGACGCAUUUGCGAGUGCACACUGGAGAGAAGCCGUUCGCUUGUCGUCUGUGUGUUGCUAUGUUCAAGCAGAAGGCUCACCUCCUCAAGCAUUUGUGUUCUGUGCAUAGGAAUGUCAUCAACGAAGGUGGUGAAGGCCGCUUCAGCUGCUGUUUCUGCCAGAUGUCAUUUGAAACACUACAAGAGCUCAUACGACACUUGUCAGGACCGCACAAUAAUUUGCUGUUGAGCAAAAACCUCCAUGGAUAGGAUGUGUCGCAUCCUGUGCUCCACUAGUCACCAUUUGUGGUGGGCUACUGCUUCUUAUGUUCAGAGUGAUAUGAUACAGGGUAAAUUAAUAAGCAGUGCGGAGCAAAUUCCAACUGUUUUCAUACUGUGAAUACCUGUGAAUGUACCACAUUGUCCUGAAAAUUACUGCUUUCACAGUUGAAGCUGCAGUUUUGUAAACACGUUUUUGUCACUUAGAUUACUUUCUGGUGAGUUUAUAAGAGGGAACCUGAGAAUUAAGGGAAAACAAACUGAAAAAAAUAGUAAACAGGGACAAUGGUUCUUAUAAUCAUUUAUUUAAAAAUAUUGAUGCCUGUCUUGAAGACAACUGCUAAUUGUGUGUGAUUUAUUUUUCUUCUUAAAAAUGAUAAAUUAGCACCAACUUGCUAACCAAAAUUAUGCAGUAGAAAUUUAAAGAACAGAUUAAGGAGUAAGGGUAUGAGCCUCCAAUUUCCCAAAAUCAAAUUCAUGUAGGAGAGCGGCAGGAGGACUUUGGAGCCCCUUAAUUUCUAAAAUUGCUUGUCUCUUGAAAUACUCACUGUAUCAGAUUUACAAAUAUUGAUUUGUAAUAUUUAUUUGCAUUUUUCUUCUAUGGGACCAAAACCAUUUUAGCUUUGGGCUGGAAAAAUUGAAGCAUUAGGGUACAGGAUCCCAAUGCAGUCUAUUCAGGCACACAUUCACAUGAGAUAGCAGGACUGUAUUCAUAGAAACCUAUGUUUUUCUCAGUGUUCCAUUAGUGAUAUGGCAAAGAUGGCAGGACUCCAAACAAAUGCAUUUGAUAAAUUAGCCUAGCAUUUGCACUGAUUGUGCAUAAUAAAUUACAUGGCUCACAUGAAAAGUAUUGAUUGGAAAAGUAAAGCAACAAGCUUUGUUUAUUUGUUCAUGUUGCCAAUAGCUAAAGCCAGAAAACUGUAAGUUAUUGAGAACCUACACAACCACAUAUAAAACAAGGUAGUUCCUUAUAUUAUAUAGUCAACUUUAUAAUGCAUGAAGAAUCAACAAUAAAAUCACAUUUUGCCUCUCUGUUUGUCACUAUGGACUACAAUAACACAUAGACUAUAAGCAAAAGUUGCAUAGCAUAUGAAAUUCAAGGAUUUGAAUAACAGCUGUUUCUCACGAGAUUGGGGCCUCAGAUCUUACAAUGUGAUGCAUGUUACAGGACACUCAAAAUCUAAUCAGCAGCUACUGCUUGAAAUGAUAACAUAUUGUUUAUGGUUUUGUACCUGUUUAGUAAACGAGAAGUGCCUUGUGAUACUUCAGUUUCUCCCAGCAUACUUCAUGAUGAAAGAGUUCACCCCUGAACUCUUUCAUCGAGAAGUGCCUUAAUUCUAAAUGUAAUGUUCCAUACUAUUAGAUGUAUGUAUAUGUGCAGUGUAUUACUAUGAUGGCUGUGUUGAAUACCUCAGUAGUUUCCAAAAGCAAUAUUUUAUUCUGUAUCAUAUAGGACUGAAUUCAGAAAGCACAGGAUGCGAUUAUUAAUAUAAAUUGGUGCCCUAGUGCCCCUAAAGAACAAUAGAAGAUGUUGUUUGAAUUGUGCAUAGUGUCACACUCAAAGGAAAUAUUUUGUAGUGUUCAGUACCUCGUACUGAUAAUUUAUACCUCAUUUUCAGUCUACAAGAACUUAUAUUUCACCCAAUGAAUAAUUUAUAUCAUGUGAAUAGACAGUACAACAUGAUUUGAACUCAGCGAAAGAGUGAAUUAUCUUGUUAAAUUGUUAAGAAAAUGUUGUUAUGUUAGAUGUUUUAAUGUUUUUCUUGUGGGAUUAUUUUAGAAACAUUGCUUUCUUAGGAGAAUAGUGACAUAAAGGUAAAGACUGCAUGCAGCUUAGCCUCUAGAGGUAACUCAUUUAGCUUUGUAGCACCAAUGGACUUAUAAUAUUUAAAGUGUGUUGAUCAAGGAUACAUCGCAAAUGAUGGCUACCACACUUUUACAUGGCCAGAUUUUAAAGUUUCAUCUAAAAAAUUAGUUUUAAACUGAGUUUUCAUUUCUUUUUCUUUCUUUAGUUUUGUCCUUUUGCCAGUACUGUGAAUAAUAGCAUAUACUUUUUAGCUGUGUACGUAAUAGUAACAUGAGAGCACUCUUGUGUACAUCAUUUUCUCUUGACAACCUAUUGUGUUCAGCUGAAUCUGCACUUAAACUAUCACUGCCAUUUCUACCAGAAGAUAAACUGGACAGGUUUUCUCACUCUUAAAUAGUCUUAGCAAACAAUAAUUUAUGAAAUUGUAGAUGAAAAAAAUGAUUUCAUACUUCAGAAUAGUGUACUGUUUCUCUUAUUGUUCUAAUUUUUCUUGGUGAAGGUUAGUGAAUAAGGUACAAGUGAUGAACUAUUUAUAAUGUAUUCUUGAAGUAAUGAGUGCAAAAUAAGUGGCCUUUACCAUAAAAAAAUAUUUUUAAGAAGAACAUGUUUAUACUCGCUGUUAAAAUAAUGACCUAAAUCAGAAAUGGUAAAGUGCCUUCAAGUAAUGAAUUAAACAAAAACUGUCAUAAAUUAUUACAGAUGAAAUUUAUGAUUUAAAAAUUUUUGUUGAAAGAUGAUGAUAAUGUGAAUGAGUAUUAUUGAUUGACAAAGUAUUCUUUUUUUUAAAAAAAAAAGCAAGUGAAUUUUUCUUCUGAUACAAAACAAAGAAAUAAAUGCUGCCAUGAAACAACAAACUUUAAAAAAAUCAGGUUUUUAAAUUAAAAUUUUUUUUUCACUGGAUCAAAAAAUUCAAUGUCAUCUCUCUAUUUUUUAUUUCCUACUGUUGAGUGAUAAUUCACCAUCAUAUUACAUGGAAGGCAGCUUAAUGUAAUGUCAAACUGGCUUCAGUUUCAAGUUCACUCACAGCCUCCCUACAAUAUAAAUUUUUCAAAACACCUGACUUUUUUCGCAUAGGUAUUCUUUUGGUUCAACAUCAAUAAUUAUAUUACAAGCUUUCUGCUUCUUGGUGUUUUUGUGGCAGCAUUCUAUUUCUAUCUCUGUUUUUUUAGUUUUUCCUGAAUGUUAAUGCUGUAAAUAAAACUUACAUGAUGUCACUUAGGAGUAAUGUAGUAGCAAGUCAUUGUCAACAGGUAGUUCGCAACUUCAUUUCAGCCUUGCCAUGAAAGCUGCUUUGCUUUUCAAAGAAAUUAAUUUCCUUCUUUGAGCCUGAAAACUGAGGAAACAUUCUGUUUAACUUAAAGUGAGACCAGUUUCUAGAGAAAUAGUUUUCGUAAUUGAGAACUUGUUGAUUUUCCUUUCACUUUGCUCUUAUUUUAGGUAGUGUGGAAUCAAAGAACAGAAAACUCCCACCGAUUGGAUUCCAUUACUACUGCAUAUGCAUCACAGUGCAGCAAGGCUAAUGUGAUCUCUUCUGUUAUUUGCAGUUGAUGUACUGAGGAAAUAAUGAAUUGGCAAUGUUCCAAAAUUAUUAUUACUGUUAUUAUUUAAAUCUGGAUAGCUGUAGGGGGUCAGGCUCUCUCAUAAUUAAAGAUUUAAGUUGAUUCAACAACAUUUUUACCUGUUGACAUCAAUAUUGACAAACAUGUUUGGACCAACCCUGAUCAUGUGGCUGGUGCAAAACAUAUCAUGUUACAAAUGUAUAUUUCAUUUGCACCAAAGAUUUUAGUUUUAAUAAAAUUAUUGUAAAAUGUACAUAUUUUUACAGUGGACUAUCUGCACAAAUUGCAAUUAAUAAUGUAACAUUCUGAACUUAAUACAGAGAAUAAGGUGACAUUUUACUGAAGCUGUUUCUUAUGCAGCAGUGAAUUAGAACAGAUACCCUGAAAAUUUUUAGCUGGUACACUGACAGAUUCUCUAAUACUGAAACAACCAGAUGCUUACAGUAAUUCACAGGAUACACUUCCUCUCUCAGAAGAAAUAAACAAUCUCUUUUUUCCUUUAUUGCUCACUAUUUCAACAGUGUGAAUUGCAAAAUCUUUAAGGAUCAACUCAUCUUACAAACUGAGAAUUGAUGGUCUUUUCUUUUCUUUUACAUUCUUUAAUGUAACUUAUAUUAGGUGCUGAGUAGUAUACAACAUGUUUUGAAAGUCAAGGAGCCAUACAGUUUUUAUACCUGCAGAGAUAAUGUAAGAACUACUUUCAGUGGUUUCAUUAUGCUGUACUUUGAUGACUCCAUAAUGAACGUUAUGAAGAAUACUUGAAACUUGUGACAUUAAAUAGAGUUAUUCAGGAUUCUAUCUCUUGAAAAAAAUCUGUUGCAUUAUGACAGACCACAUAGUUUACCUAGUGGGUAAACUGGUUCUAAGAUGACAGAAUCAUAAAUCUGUUCUGUUCAACUAUUGCAGAUUGGAGUCCAUUUGUUACAUUAAGAGGAAGUAUUUUAAGCAGAAUGCAAGUCCGGGUCUUUUAUGUAGUUUCUCCUACUGGCGUACAAAUGCAAUGGAAUUCUGCAAAGCUGUUGCUGGUUGCCUUUAUUUUCCAAGGAAGUCACAGAACAGGAAGCAGAAAUAUUCUGAAAUAGGGAGGAGCUGUAUUAAUGGUGCCAAUUAUUGGUUGAUGAAGACGGAAAGUAAUAUUGUCUCUGUUCGUUUGUUCAGUCAAUCAUUCAUAUGCCUUGUUCUGCAAAUCCCAUCUUGUAGGAAAGCCCUCAGGGCUAUAGAAUGAGUGGAAUCUUACAUUAAUAAGCAGAAGCAACCACAGAAUCACAGAAUGCUAGUUCUGUAGGUAUCAUAUGUGUGAAUGUGUGACCCUGACAGAGAGAGAGAGAGAGAGAGAGAGAGAGAGAGAGA